AUGGCGAACCCUCGUAAUCCCGCGUUCCUGCUGGUGGCGUUCCUCUGCUUCCUCGCCACAUCCGCCUUCGUCUCGGGCGCCACACUCGAGGUGUGCCAGAGCGGGGCCUGCGCCUAUUCGUCAGUCACCGCGGCCCUGCUGGCGGCCAGGGGAGGCGACGUGGUCCACGUCCAGAAGGGCAACUACGCCAACGAGGCCACCACCAACGUGAUCGUCAGCUCCGACAUCACCCUCAGGCACGCACUCCGAACACAUCUCUCAUUUCUUCACAGCUUUGUUGACGUUACUAACAUCGUAGACCUCAAUCUUGAUGUAUCGCUUGCCGACAACAGCGGCGACCAGGGCGCUGUGAUCUCGCUUUCGUUCGCCUACCCGACCAACCAGUGGCUCAGCAUCAAUGGCACCCUCACGCUGGUGGGCGAUCUCACGCUGGUCGUGAACGCGGGCAACUGGCCGAACAACGCCAUCCUGGUGCCUGCCGGCGGACAGCUCGUCCAGAAGGGCAACCUCAACUUUGUGGGCGGCAAUGCGCGCUACGGCGGUUCGGGUAUCACCGUGCAGGGCGUCUACAAGCAGACCGGUAACCUCACGGCCGCGACCACCGGCACCACGGCCUUUGGCGCCAUCGUCCAGCUCCAGGACCAGGGCACCUGGCUGCAGGAUACCGAAGCCAGCGUUGACAUGCAACUUCUCCGGAGCACUGGCGUGUCGUUCUCGAACGGCGGUUCGUGGCUUCAGAAGGGCGAGAUCAACAUGAAGCUUGAUCAGAGCGCGAAUGGUGUUGCUUGUCUUGUGAAGCCCAACAAGGUCUGGGUGCAACAGGGGCGCGUCAACAUGAUCACCUCUAACUUCAGCGUCGGCAUCUCGCUCAACACGGGCAAGUGGCAGGGCUUUGGUGACAUCGACAUGAUCGUGCUGGACUCUGGCAGCGAAGGCAUCAGUUGCUACAACCCCACCGUGGAUGUGGCCGGCCGCGUGCUGGUCCAGCAGAACGGUGCCUGCUACACCCUUCUGGUCCCGACCAGAUGCACCCUCAAGCCCAGAUUCUGCCCCUAA